AUACACACAGCAGGGGGGAGAUUCAUCAAAUCUGACAAGACAACAUCACCACACUGAAAAGCCACAGGGAUUCAUCUUUGAAGAUAACUCACUAACCUCCACCAUUUAAGACAACGAUGAAUACUGCAAUCCGGUGCAUCAUUCUCCUGGCCUGCAUUACCAUUUGCACUUCAAAGUCAAUUCUGAAAUGCCGAUGUGUAAAAACAAGCCAGGCCGUGUUGCGCUCGCGCAUCGCUCAUGUAGAAGUGUGUGAGCCUCGUCCAUACUGCAGCAAGAAAGAAGUCAUUGUCACACUGAAAGACGGGAGCUCAGGGUGUCUUGACCCCAAUGGAGAAUUCGCUCAAUUAAUCCUGCUAGGAAAACAAAAGCAGAGGGCACUCCGUGCUGAUAAGAUGAGGGCCACCAGCCCCAAAACAAGCACAACAUCAGCCCCAGUGUUGGCCAAAGUAGCACCAACAUCAUCAUUAUAAAACUGUUUAUCAUCACUGCAAUUAAACUGAAGUAUCCAAGUUGUAUUUUCGCACACCUUACCAAAUUAAGGGUAUGGAUGGUGCAGUUCCUGCAGAGAUGAGAUUGUUUCACAUCACUUGUUUCGUAGCUUUGCACACUGGGAGCUAAAAGUGACGGUAAGAUGUAAAAGUGUGAAAUGUCUAAUACUCCAGCAGCCAUAAUUUAGCGUUGUCACAUUUAGGAGACAUUUUGUGAAGUCAGGGAAGUGUCCUUAGCCAGAAUAUUCAUCAGGACGAACAGGGUGCAUGUUUGAGGUGCUCUGGUAUUAUGUACGUCAAAUACUGCCUUAAGAUUCAAUCCACGGUGAAUGAGAAGUGUUUGUUUUUUUACUGUGACUGCAUUGUAUUUGCUACAUAUUUUAGCAAGCUGUCAAACUCUCUGUAAAAGCAUUGCUUGGGAUGUAAUUCAAGCUGGCAGAUAAUGUGAAGGUCAGUAAAAAUGAUAGUAAAUGUGAACUAUGUUUUUUUAUAUCACAAAUAUUUUUGUAUUUUUGUGUGUACACAUCAUACUGUAUGUAUUUCCUUAAGGCUGACAUCUUAAUGUACAACACUGACUCUUGACACUCUAGAUGAAGGAAUGAAAAACUGCAAUAAAUAUAUGGGAUUGUAA